GAAGCCGGUUCGGGACAAGUUCAUUUGUUAAAGCUGACCAGACUGCUGAGGUUAGCGAGACUGUUGCAGAAGAUCGACAGGUAUUCGCAGUACGGCGGCAUGAUUCUCACACUUUUGAUGCUCCUAUUCACAUUAGUUGCACAUUGGUUUGCGUGCAUAUGGUAUGUGAUAGCCGAAAGCGAACGCCAUGAAAAAGGAAGAGAUUGGGAUCUAGGAUGGAUGAACACACUCGCCGAACGUCUGCACAAGGACGUGGACAACGUGACCCACUCAGAGGCGUACAUAACUUCGUUGUAUUUCACGUGUUCCAGUCUGACCAGCGUCGGGUUUGGUAACGUGUCAGCCACCACGGGGGCAGAGAAAAUUUUCAGCAUAAUCACGAUGCUGAUUGGAGCGCUCAUGCACGCCGUGGUGUUCGGUAACGUGACGGCCAUCAUCCAGCGCAUGUACUCGCGGAGGUCGCUGUACCAGAGCAAGUGGAGGGACCUCAAGGACUUCCUGACGCUGCACCAGGUGCCUAGUGAGCUCAAGCACAGGAUGCAGGACUACUUCCAGACCAUGUGGUCUCUAAAUCACGGUAUCGACAUACACGAGACGCUUAAAGAGUUUCCGGAGGAGCUCAGGGGCGAUGUCUCUAUGCACCUUCAUCGGGAGAUCCUGCAGCUGCCUAUUUUUGAGUCCGCGUCACAGGGCUGCCUAAAACUGUUAUCGUUGCACAUCAGGAGCAACUUUUGCGCCCCCGGCGAAUACCUCAUUCACAAAGGCGACGCGCUCACGUCCAUCUAUUACCUGUGCAACGGGUCCAUGGAAGUCGUCCAGAACGGCAUGGUCGUCGCCAUUUUAGGAAAAGGCGAUUUGGUCGGAUGCGAUAUUAGCACGUGGCUGGGCCAAGGCAGCGGCUCAGGUAACACAGGCGUUGUCGCCGGUGGAGGGACCACCGGUGGUGGAACAGGAGGUGACACGGUGGUCAAGUCUAGUUGUGAUGUCAAAGCUUUAACUUAUUGUGACCUAAAGUGCAUUAAUGUGCUUGGGUUGGUAGAAGUUUUGCGGCUUUACCCCGAGUACCAACAGGAGUUUGCAAACGACAUACAACACGACUUGACGUACAACAUACGUGAAGGAUACGAGGCCGAAGAAAUCGAUCAAAAUGGUAUUACAACGUUAACGUUACCUUCGAUAAGCGAAGACGAUGAAAACUUGCAAGAAGAAUGCGAUGGAUCUCCGAAAUCACCUCCUUCUAGAUCACCGUUGCACUCCAGUUAUAGUCCAAGCAGACAUAACCUCACUAAACUAUCUCAAAACAGAUCGAGAACCCUGCCUCGAAGUGAUAUCGAACAUAGAAAAGUCAAUGUUGAUAGACUGGACACACAAGUUACUUCACUACAUUAUCAUGUCGCAACUUUAAGUCAAGAGGUGAAAAACGCCAUACAAGCGCUGCAGGAGCUGGCGACGACCAGUUCGAACGUCAGGUAUCCGUACUCGUUGCCGGCCAGGUCGAACCCGGACCUGCCGGAGAACGUCAAACGGCCGCAGAUGGCCAUCCUGCAGCGGAGCUCGUCGCACCCCCCCGAGGUGUUCGGCUGGGACGGCGCGGUGUACGACAGCCCGGCGCACCAGCCGCACCACCCAUACGGCCUGCACCACCACCACCAGCACCACCAACACCUCCAGCAGCAGCACCACCUCCACCACCACCCGUACCAGCAAUCGAACCAGCAGUGCCUGCCGUACCAACAGCAGCAGCACACCGGCGGCGGCGGCGGUACCGUUUACACGCAUCCGUCGUCGUCGUCGCCACAGCCGCACCAGCAGCAGCAGCAGCAGCUACAGCAGCCGCGGUACUACCACAGGUCGUCGGUGGCCAGCACGGUGGACGUGGCCGUGCAGACGGACGUUUCGGGCGUGGACGUGUUCGAGCGGUUCGUCAAGGCGCACCGGACGCUCGUCCUCGAGUGGCUCAACGAGAGCGACCACGUGGCCGUCACAGUGUACGACGACGAGUCCGCGGCUGGCGGUGGGAGGCGACCGCGGAACGAACGGUCUGCGUCGUCGUCGUCGUCGUCCGCGGCGUCUUCGUGCUCGUCGCCGCCCCGGCAGACGCGCGCUCCCGCGGCCACGCACUCGGCGUCCGUGGCCGACACUCCCGUCGCCGCCGACGGAUCUCCUCCCGCCGGCCGGGACGACGCGCCGCGGGAAUGGUACCCCGGGGCCAACCCCCUGGUGGCCACUGUCAGCGAAGACAGUGGCGGCGGCGGGGGCGACAGCGGAGGCGGCGACGAGGACGACGGAAGUGGGGGCGGCAGCGGCCACGAGUCCAUCGAGAUGACGCACAUGUCGCCCACUGCUGCCGCUGCCGCCGCCUCGGCGGAAGCAAACGCUUCCGGUCCCAUUACGACACUUAAGUUCCACCCGUUCGUUUGACGACGACAAGACUGAACAAGACACACACACACGCACACACAUACACACUCACUCUUAUAGGUCGUAAUUUCACGUAACGUAAUACAUGAUAAUAUGUUAUCUAUUACAUUAUGGGGGGGGGGUUGUUCGUUGUAUAUUUUCUUCUUUCGUAACGAUGUUCUUGCAUUCGUCGCCACCCCCCCCCCCCCCCGAAAUCGCCCUGAAAGCGUUUCCGUGGCAGCGUGUGACGCAUAUUGUAUUAAAAUAUUACGUUCUGGUUCCUAUUUUUGCCUCCGUACACGUUUUAAUAUUAUAAUAUUAUUGUAUUAUCAUAUAGUAGGUAUCAGUGUGCAGUUACAGGGUGCUUUUUCUAGGCGCUGAACACUCCUCGACAGUUCCUGGCCCUUAGUUCCGGCCAAAUCGACCUGUACGACUUGAACGUCAGAGUGAACUUUAGACUUUUAUAACAUUUUAUACUUAGGCCGUGGUGAGGCUCGACACUAGUGAGGGCGGAAACACUCAGUGGCCCUGCAAGUGUAGAAUUUGACGAUUUUACUUACACCUCGUAAGUCUGUGUGACCGCCACCGAUGGCGCUAAUUGGUGAAACGAUUACGGUAGCUCUGGUGAGGUAGUGGCUUGGGCGAUAUUUUUUACGAAUUAUCUAUAUAAUAGCCGUGAAAAUAAGUUUAGGAAAAAGUCGGAGAAUCGGUGUUUUCCGUACAUCGAAAUAAAAUAAUAAUUAUAUUAUUAUCAUACUACAGCGCUCUUAUAAGUAUACCCACCUACGUCUUAUCUAUCUUAUAGUUACGUGAUUGGGGGGGGGGGACGUUUCGAUCCGUGUAGUCGGAAUACGGGGAGCGU